CCAAGCCCAGGUGCCGCAACUGCGUGUCCCGCGGCCUAGCGUGCAGCAGGCACCUGCAGCUCAAGUGGGAACCCGAGUUUGCGGCUCGUGGGUUGUCGUUUGGCAGGGAGGGCGUGUGGUGUAAGGGGUCGUCGUCGGCGUCAGGUCGACCUAGGAGGCAGUCUCAGGCGCGGCAUACUCCCAUCUUGCUGGCCUCACCGUCUAUCGGGCCCCGUCACUUUAUCAAUACCUACUGCAGCGACUUUGACCCUGAUUCAAAUCAUGAGCAGGGCCUGGGAGAUGAGACGGUUGAGCUGAGAGAGCAGGCUGACCUGUCAAGCUCAGCCAUCGUCUUUUGGCCUCAGUCACAUCCAACCUUGAUGCUCUCACCAUCUCUCUAUCCCACCCUCAACACAUCCGAACAAAGCCUUUUCCAAUAUUAUCUACUACGGCUAUGUCCCCUCACAACACCAUCACCACAUCUAUCAUCACCAUUCAUGAACCUCGUCGCCCCGUUAUUCACGUUGAGCGGGCAGGAUCUCGUCACCCAGUCCGUCCUCGCCUUUUCCGCCCGACAUCGAAGCAUCGCCGACCCUCAAUGGGCAAGAACCGCCAUGAGGAUCAAGGGCAAUGUUCUAAAAGGCUUGUUACUAAAAAUUCAAUCUCCCAAUAUUACAGCAGACGUCAUCUUGGACCCUCAAGUGCCUGCAGCCAUGAUGUUUCUCUGCCUCUACGAGAUAUUGGACAACUGCGAUCACCGAUGGGUCAUCCACCUCAGAGCAAGUCAAGACUUUAUGCGCAAGAGGAAGCAACUCUUGCUACCUGGUACCGAGGAUUCUGGGUUUGGAAGCCUCGCAUCUUUUGCAGAGCGUUACUUUGCAUUUCAGGAUGUCAUCAGUAGGACCGCCUGCGGCAACUCACCACUCUUCGGUCUGGAAUAUUGGCAGAAGCCGGACCAGCCGGAGGAUAUCGAUGCUUGGAUGGGCUGCAGCCCGGCGAUGGCGUCUGUCAUCUUUCGAAUCACUGAGCUGGCUAGAUCGAGGGACAGAGACGGCAUGUCGGAGCAGCGCUUCGAGAGGGAGGUGGCAGAGCUGGAGAGGGAGCUCGCAUUAGUGAGCUCCAACAUGACUGUCAUUGAGACACUGGACGACACCGUCAGACGCUGCGUCGAGCUCAAAAAGUCAUCAGUAGAGGUCUACUUCCACUGCCUACUACGGGACGCAGAUCCUAGCACAUGGCGCGUCUCGCAGCUCAUCGUUGAGAUUCUCACAUCCACGCAAGAGCUUGUCAAGCAAGGAUGCGUAGCAGGCCUAUUAUUUCCUCUCUUUGUCGCAGCCGUCGAGCUUAAUCCUCUAGACGACGGCGCCGUAUCGAGUAGUGAGGAUGCCGGCUCGCAGACAUCCGGUAGGCGCCUGGUUCUGGAGAUCCUCGACACCAUGGCUGGCACGUCCUUGGCCAACAUUGAGAGAACCAAGGCCGUCAUUCUCAAAGUCUGGCGAAUGCGAGACUUGCAGGCAGAGCACGACCAUGUAGUAACGGGAGGGCAGAAUGACUGGCACACCUUUGUGAGCCCGUAUACUCAGAAUCUCAGCCUGGCCUGAGGGGCAAGCAUCGUAUCAACACUUGGGCAUCAUGGGAAGAAAAUAUGACAGGUCUCGGCACACGUAUUGAAAUGGUUGUAAUGAAUAAAAUUCUCAGGCGAUAAAAA